AUGAGCCACCUUUUCCACCGCAAGAAGAACGGCGGCUCCUCCUCAUCGGCUACGCAAGAUGUCGAGGCCGGUGCGGCGGAUGCGCCGGUCCCCGGUGCCCAGAUUGGCCACGAGGACACCGGUGAGAAGCUGAGCGAGUACAGCGCCCUGGAUCGCUACAUCUCCAACUACCGCGACGACCGCAGCCGCGCAGACGAAGAAGAAGACGAAAGCCAAAAGAAACGGCCGAAAUGGUGGCAGUUUUGGAAGUCGUCGAGCAAGCCGGCCCAAUACAACGAGCCCACCCCGCCAAAGGUCCCAGAGGAAUGGCUUGAUGAAGAUAUCCAGACCGGCAUCUCCUCGUCAAUGGUCGCGGAGCGGAGAAAGUUGACUGGUUGGAACGAGCUGACGGCUGAGAAGGAGAAUAUCUUUGUCAAGGUUUUGAGCUACUUUAGGGGCCCGAUCUUAUAUGUCAUGGAGAUUGCUGCGCUACUGGCACUCGGCUUGAGCGACUGGAUUGAUUUCGGUGUCAUCGUGGGAAUCCUGCUGCUCAACGCCUUUGUCGGCUUCUACCAGGAGAAGCAGGCGGCGGAUGUCGUCGCGAGUCUCAAAGGCGAUAUUGCGAUGCGCUGCCAGGUCAUACGAGAUGGUCGGAUGCAAGAGAUUCUCGCGCGGGAACUAGUCCCAGGAGAUGUCUUCCUCGUCCAAGAAGGCGACACUGUAGCAGCUGAUGCGCGCCUCAUCUGCGACUAUAACAAGCCCGAGGAUCAGGAAAUAUACAGACGUCUGCGGGCAGAGGAUAAGCUCGGCCAUGAAGAUGAAGAGUCGGAGAAAGACGACGAAGGUGAUCAACAGCGCCGAGGGUCAACUUACGAUCAGCAACGCCGCGGAUCAGUCUACGACUACCGGAUGCACUCCAUCGUCGCCGUUGAUCAGUCCGCCAUCACUGGCGAGUCUCUGGCAGUCGACAAGUAUCUGGGCGAGCUCGUCUACUACACCACAGGAUGCAAGCGUGGUAGAGCCUACGCCGUCGUGGUCGCAACAGCCAAGGACUCGUUUGUCGGUCGCACUGCGGAUCUUGUUCAAGGUGCAAAAGACCAGGGCCACUUCAAGGCUGUCAUGGACAACAUCGGAACAUCUUUGCUGGUCUUAGUCUUGUUUUGGAUCCUCGCGGCAUGGAUCGGAGGUUUCUUCCGCAACAUUGGUAUCACGGAACCAGGCUCGCAGAAUCUUCUCCAUUACGCUUUGAUCCUGCUCAUCAUCGGUGUGCCUGUCGGUCUACCUGUCGUGACCACUACCACCCUUGCCGUUGGAGCUGCGUAUCUCGCCAAGCAGCGGGCAAUUGUGCAGAAACUCACUGCCAUUGAAUCAUUGGCUGGCGUGGACAUUCUUUGCUCUGACAAGACUGGCACAUUGACUGCAAAUAAACUCAGCAUUCGCGAGCCGUAUGUGUCUCCAGGUCAGGAUGUCAACUGGAUGAUGGCUGUGGCUGCACUGGCAUCAUCUCACAAUCUCAAAUCCCUCGAUCCCAUAGACAAAGUCACGAUCCUCACUCUCAAACGGUACCCCCAAGCCCGUGAGAUCAUGCAGCAGGGCUGGAUCACUCAGAAGUUCACCCCCUUUGACCCCGUCUCCAAGAGGAUCACGACUGAGUGUCGGCUGGGAAAUGACACCUUUAUCUGCGCCAAGGGAGCCCCUAGAGCCAUCCUCAAAUUGUCCAAUUGCACCGAGCAGCAAGCAACCGAGUACAACAUGGAAGCCAAGGACUUUGCGCGGCGUGGCUUCCGAUCUCUGGGUGUCGCAUACAAGAAGAAUGACGGGGACUGGAUUCUUCUAGGUCUACUCUCCAUGUUUGACCCGCCACGAGAGGACACGGCACAGACGAUUCUUGAAGCAGCCCAGCUUGGGGUCCCGGUGAAGAUGCUAACUGGUGAUGCUAUUGCCAUUGCCAAGGAGACCUGUAAGAUGCUCUCCCUCGGCACCAAAGUGUACAACUCCGAGCGACUCAUCCACGGUGGACUUUCUGGAAGUGUUCAGCAUGAUUUUGUCGAACGCGCAGAUGGCUUCGCCGAAGUUUACCCCGAGCACAAGUACAAGGUCGUCGAGAUGCUGCAGCAACGAGGUCACCUAACAGCCAUGACAGGCGACGGCGUGAAUGACGCCCCAUCCCUCAAGAAGGCUGACUGCGGUAUUGCCGUCGAGGGCUCCUCAGAAGCCGCGCAGGCAGCUGCCGACAUUGUCUUCCUUGCGCCAGGUCUGAGCACCAUUGUCCUGGCCAUCAAGACAGCACGACAGAUUUUCCAGCGGAUGAAGGCCUAUGUCCAGUAUCGUAUUGCUCUCUGUCUCCAUCUUGAGAUCUAUCUCACUCUGUCGAUGAUCAUUAUCAACGAAACCGUGCGGGCAGACCUGAUCGUCUUCCUCGCGUUGUUCGCCGAUCUUGCUACCGUUGCCGUCGCCUAUGAUAACGCCCACUGGGAACCUCGCCCCGUGGAGUGGCAGCUGCCCAAGAUCUGGAUCAUGAGCAUCAUCCUCGGCAUCCUCCUGGCCGCGGGCACUUGGAUCAUCCGUGGAACCUUGUUCCUCACUAACGGCGGAAUCGUUCAAAACUUUGGCUCCGUCCAGGAGAUCCUCUUCCUCGAGAUUGCCCUCACAGAGAACUGGCUAAUCUUCGUCACCAGGGGCGCUAGGACAUGGCCCUCAUGGCAACUCGUCGGCGCCAUCUUCGGUGUCGACGUCAUCGCCACCCUCUUCUGUUUAUUCGGCUGGCUGUCCGGCCGUCCCGAGCCGACCUCUCCUCCCGACAGCUGGGUCCAGAGACAAGACGGCUGGACCGACAUUGUGACUGUUGUCAAGGUGUGGCUCUACUCCUUCGGCGUGACGGUCUUCAUCGCCAUCAUCUACUUUAUCCUAAACAAGCUUUCUUGGUUGGAUAACCUGGGACGUAAGAAUCGCAGCAAGAAGGAUACCAUGGUUGAAAAUGUCCUCGGCCAUUUGCAAAAGCUUGCAAUUGAACAUGAGCAUGAUAUCAAGACGGGCAAGAACAGAUUCAUUCUCAUGGAGAAGGCUAACGAUAGUGACGACGACAUCUGA